AUGAGGUUGGAGGAAGAUUCAUUAAAGGCUCUCCAAGAAGAGCCUGAAGAGACGAAUACUGAAACAACUUUAAUUAAGAGUGAGGAUGAUAUCGGUCAUGAUGUUGAAAUCGAAGCUGAGGGGAUGGAUGAUGCAAGUCAAGGCUUUGAGAAUGUGGAGGUUGCUAGUGAGGCUGGGAAUAACUUUGAGGCAUCAUCGAUUGCAGAUGAUGGUUGCAGUGAGCAGAGUUGUUCGUUGAGAUCCUUAUCUGAGUCUAGUGUAGCUUGUCUAACCGGUGACUAUGCAAUGCAAAAUGUUAUUCUUCAAAUGGGUUUGCGUUUGCUUGCUCCCGGAGGAAUGCAAAUUCACCAACUGAACAGGUGGAUCUUGAAAUGUCAUGCUUGCUACACAGUAACUCCUGAAAUUGGAACAAAAUUCUGUCCCAAGUGUGGGAACGGCGGGACUCUACGCAAGGUAGCAGUUACGAUAGGCGAGAAUGGCACCAUCAUAGCUGCAUGUAAACCUCGUAUUACACUUCGAGGGACCAAAUUUUCGAUACCAAUGCCUAAAGGAGGAAGAGACGGAAUCACCAAGAAUCCGGUUCUACGGGAAGAUCAACUCCCUCAAAAGUUCCUCCACCCUAGGACCAAGAAGAAAGCAAGCAAACCGGGAGAUGAGUAUUUUAUAUCAGACGAUGUGUUCAUGUACCAUCAUAGUAAUAGAAAAGCACCAUUGCAGCCUCCUGUGAGAGAAGCUAUGGCGAAUUUCAGCCAGAAAAGGUACCCUAAUGACAACCAUUACUCUCGUUCUAGGGCAAGAUGUUCAACUCCAUGGUGA